AACUGUGAAGUGUGAUGUGAAGCACGCCAUAGGAGAAGGGAAUAAACGGUUGUAUUGUUUUUCGCGGGUCGUCAUAUUAGGAAUAUAUAAAUAUAAACAAAAUGCCUCCAAAAAAAAGAGAAAAAGAACCCGACCCCACAAAAACUCCAAGAAUCGAUCACAUUCAGGCGGAUCAUGAAUUGUUUUUACAAGCUUUUGAAAAACCUACACAAAUAUAUAGAUAUUUACGUACAAGAAAUAUGUGUUCGCCUAUCUUCCUGAACAGGACCUUAACAUAUAUGAAACAUAGAAUGUCAAGAUCUCAUAAAAUCAGGCAGAAUUUUAAAGUGGAUACUUUGUUAGAAAAAGUAAAUUCUAGAAGAGAUGCAAUGAUUAUACAACCUGGUUUUAUAAAUCUUACAUUUUUGGGUUUUAAUAAUAAAACAUUGGAUUACAAUGCACAAAUAGCACAAGUGGAAACAGUGCUUUUAAAGAUAAGUCACAAGAAGCGUAAAGAUAGUUCAGCACCCAGCAUGCAAGUUACACUUGGUACUGCAGAUGUUCCAAUAAAUCCUAAUGAGGAACAUUUACCUUCAACAGCACCUACAAUUAGUAUUCCUACAGAAUCGUUCAAUCCUUCAAGUGGUCCAUUAGUUAAAUCGUACAUUUUAUUAUUCAGAGUAAAAAUUACUCCAGAAAGAGAAAUUGACGAUGAUGAACCAGCCUUAAAAAAACGUAAGUCAAACGGAGGCUCGCUAGAUAAUAACACAAAAUUAUACGGAGCAGAAUUAACAGUUUACGAUAAACAUAAUCGGUGUUACUUAAGUGAUGGAGACUAUGACAUUGUAGUACAGGAUUUUUCAACAGGCUCAAAGCAUUCCCCAAAAAAGCAUUCCAGUUGGGAAAAUGUCAAUGAUUUGGUAGAAACCUGUGGCAAUCUGGACGCAUUUAUGAAAGGUGCUGUUCUAAAAUUUAAACUCAAUUGGUCUCCAGAAGCCAGCGCCAGAAUCGUGGAUCGACCUAAACCUUAUCCGUUGCAAGAGAAUAAAGAAAAUCUCCCGGCACUAACCAAUGGCAAUAGCGAUAAUAUAGAUAAACUGCAAAUCGUGUACCAGUUUGUUUACAAUAAUAAUUCACGUCAACAAACGGAGGCUUGUGAGGACUUGCAUUGCCCCUGGUGCAGUUUAAACUGCAAUCAACUUUAUACUCUCCUAAAACAUUUGAAACUGUGUCACUCUCGAUUUACCUUCACGUAUGUUCCAAUAUCUGUAGGAGCUAGAAUAGAUGUAGCUAUAAACGAAAUGUACGACGGGUCGUAUACAGGAUCUCCCCAUGAUCUUAUAUCCCAGCCGUCUGUAUGCGCCUUCUCGCGUAACGGCCCAGUACGGAGGGCGUCCGUAACACACAUUUUAGUAUGUCAUCCUAAGAGACCUAAGCCUAGCUUAUCGGAAUUUUUAGAAUUGGACGAUUGUGAGUAUGACGGACAGAGACCGUUCAUAACCGGCCACAACAGGUUGUAUCAUCAUACCACUACGUGCUUGCCUAUUUAUCCCAAAGAAAUGGACGUUGAUUCCGAAGGAGAAAACGAUCCCGAGUGGUUACAAAAUAAAACUAUGAUGAUGAUAGAUGAAUUUACUGAUGUGAACGAAGGCGAGAAAGAGCUGAUGAAGAUGUGGAAUUUACAUGUUAUGAAGUACGGAUUUGUGGGAGACUGCCAAAUUCCCUUAGCAUGCCAGAUGUUUGUGCAGCAUAAGGGUAAAGAAUUGUUACUAAAAAAUUUGUACAAAAACUUUGUGGUUCAUAUGUGCAGUUUAUUUGACUUUGGUUUAUUGAGUGCCGUGUGUUUAUAUACAACUAUCCAAAAACUUCAAGAGAUAGUUGGAGAAACCGGCGCUAUUCGUACGGUCCUUAAGGAAUCUAGGGAAGCACAGAUAGAUAAUUGGUCCAAAUGUGGAAAUUUGUCUAUGGUCUACGACAAGUCAGGUUUAAUGAAAACGCCAAAUACUGGUAGAAAAACGGGUAACAUGGGUAUUCAACGAAGAAAAGGGACUCCUACCCCAUCCGACGGCCCAGCGAGGAGAAAAUCUGUUUGUGGUGAUUCCUCACGGAAAAGGCUUUCAUUAUCUUUAAGUAAAAGUGACCAAAAAAGUAGCUAGUUAAACGAUUUUUUCACGUAGUACGAGACAAUAAAAUAUUUUUAUAAUAUUUAUCAACAGAUUUUUUAUAGGACUAGAAUCAAAAACGCCAGCAUUAAAAAAUGUGUGGUUAAUUUAUUAUUUUAGGCCGUUUCGUAUACACAUUAAAAUUGUGUAAUUGGAUAGUAUACAUUUAAUGAAUUUAUUGUGUGAAUCAAUGAAACUAAUAUUUUA